GACGUCAACAAAAUGAGCGGAAGAGGUAAAACCGGAGGCAAAGCCAGGGCCAAGGCAAAGACUAGGUCAUCACGCGCCGGACUUCAGUUUCCCGUGGGUCGUGUUCACAGACUUCUUCGUAAAGGCAAUUACGCGCAGCGUGUGGGAGCUGGCGCGCCCGUCUACUUGGCCGCCGUGCUCGAGUAUCUGACUGCUGAGAUCCUGGAGUUGGCUGGCAACGCUGCCCGCGACAACAAGAAGACUCGUAUCAUUCCUCGUCACCUGCAGCUGGCUGUCCGUAACGACGAAGAACUGAACAAACUCCUCGGUGGUGUCACCAUCGCUCAGGGCGGAGUGUUGCCUAACAUCCAGGCAGUACUUCUCCCCAAGAAGACCGAGAAGGCUGUCAAGUCCAAGUAAUGUCCCCGUUUGAUUUGUUGUGAUUGUUCACCCUCCCCAAAGGCUCUUUUAAGAGCCACCCAUUUAACUCUAGAAAAGAGCAUUGACGUUCUCCGUAAUCAAUUCCAAUGUGGAAUCAAAUUAGUUCACUGUAA